GUGCCGUCGAGUUGGAUGCGAUUCUUUGAAUUGCGAAAGCCUUCCCAUCACUUUCGUUCUUUUCGCUAAUAAAGGAAGGGAAGUUGUAACUUUUGGUUUAGCUAGCUUUUAUUACAGGCUUUAUAACUUUGUCUUUGUUGUUAAGGCUUAUUUCCAAAUGCAUAGAACGUCAUUUUAGAAUGCUUCGAACUUUUGCUUUCUAUUUUUCACACCUGGCUAGAAUUAUUUAAUGUAAAUUCCAGAAGUAAAAAAAGCAACUUCUUUUCUUCUUGUGGACAAUUUCUUGUUACUCAAAUACACUGAGUUGCUCAUACAUUCGGGUAAGUGUGUGGGCAGAGUAUCCAUUUUCCCAACAAGCACGAUAGAAAAGCCACAUCAUAAGAUGGAAUAAACAGUUAUGGGUGGGCAGAGGAUAGAUAUAUAAACAGAUGUGCAUAUUUUGCAUGGCUAGCCUCACAAAUAUCAAGGGAUAUACCCUGUCCAUUAUUUCUAGAAGGGGCCAUGGCUUAGACGAGGAGUCCUAGAGUAUUUAAUGCUCAUUUUGAGCUACGCAGGGUCCGUGCUUCAAUGUCCGUGAACAAUGCAUUUGGGUAGGCAAGCUUUGUCUAUGUUUAGGACUCUAAUGCACCCAGUCAAUGACUUAGACCUUAUGUUCAGUAAUACCUUUUGCAAAACAAAAGUAAUGUUAAUACCUGCCUAAUAAUACCUUUGGAAGCUUGUAAUACAUUUACGGAAACUUUUGCGCCACAGAGAGAAAAUGCAACCAAAAGUACUUUCUAGCUUUCCAAUGACCUAUUUUUUAUGAAAAAGAAUUUACGUGGGUUUUACUUCACACAUAAAUUUACAGGGGGAGGAAAAUUCCCUUAAACCCAACCCUUACCUUUGUCAAAAACGUAUUUUGUAACCUUUCUUGAAGUUAACUGUGUUGCGAUAACAAAAGUUAUGCUACAAAGAUUGAAAUUAUUUUACUCAAACAAUUGCAAAUGAUAAAAAAAGGUUUCGCAUUGAAAAGAUAGCCAAGUUGGUUAGCUUGUUGCACUAUGAUGCAACGUUCUGCUGCAGUGCUGGUUUAAAUCCCUUAUGAGACAAAAAACUUUACAAUGUUGAUGAUGUUGCAACUGCAAUUUGGGACAUUGAUAGUUACGAGUUGGAAACCAAUACUAUCCCACAGAAUGAUUACAAGAGCGCUUUUAACAACAAAAUUAACACGGCUUACAAGAAAAUACGUUUCUGGAAGAGCUACAACUGCAUUGGAUGAUAUACUAGAGCCAUUUUUUAAAAAUGGUUUGACAAAUUAUUCGUGUGAAAGGAAUAAAAAUAUUAUUGCAACAGUUAUGGUUAAGCACAAUAUCAAAUGUUCGAAGAAGAUAAAGACAUGGAUUGAUCAAAGGAAAAGAAAAGAAACAAGAAGAAUCAAGAAAUUGGAUAUGCAUACUACGUCAGAAUUUUACAACAGUGUGAAGGAUCCCAAUACUAUGCCAAUUCCCAAAGAUGUAACUCCAUUAAAGCUAGAAAGGUGGAAAUAUUAUUUGAAGAAUUGCCCUCUGCAAGAUGUAUCUUGGGUUUUAGAUGGAAUAUCUAAUGGGUUUUCAUUAAAUUGUAAUCCUCUGAAACUUAUAUCUGCCAAGAAAAACCUAGCAUCAGCUUAUUCACAUUCUAGCAUAAUUGAUGACUAUUUAAAAAAUGAAUUAGAAUUUAGGACAAUCAGUGGUCCAUACAUUGAUCCUCCCUUUGACAAUGCGCACAUAAACAGGUUUGGAGUAAUUCCAAAAUCUUUAGGAAAAUGGAGAAUGAUAACUGAUCUGUCCUUCCCAGUUGGUGGAAGUGUUAAUGAUGGAGUGUCUUUUGAAAACUAUACUGUCUCAUAUGUUGGAUUAUCAGCUGCUAUUAGGAAAAUUUUAAAAUUCAACCAAGGAUGUUUAAUGGCAAAGUUUGAUCUUCAAAGAGCAUACAGGUUGUUGCCUAUCAAAGAAAAUGAAAGGAAUUUGUUAGUUUUUAAAUGGAAUGGUUUUUAUUAUGUUGAUUUAGCUUUACCUUUUGGUGCCAGAAGUGCACCAAGAAUAUUUACAAGAUUUUCCAAUGUGUUGGAAUGGAUUUUUAUGACAUGUGGAUCAGUAAGGGACAUGCAACAUUCUUUAGACGAUUUUUUUAUUUGCGGACCUAAAAAGGAAUCGGUGUGCCAAGAUGGGUUAACAGCUUGUUUUGAAAUUUGCGAGGAUUUGGGUGUAAAUAUAGAACACUUAAAGACAGAGGGACCUUCUACGCAAAUUCAGUAUCUUGGAUUGAUCAUUGAUACAGAUGUUAUGGAAAUCCGUGUUCCUGUUGAUAAAUUAGAAAAAAUCAGGCUACUGUUGGAUGAAUGGUUGACAAAAGGCUUUGGUAGUAAAAGGGCAUUGUUAUCUUUAAUUGGUUCUCUAUAUUACUGUUGCCAGGCUGUUAUUCAUGGUAGGCCAUUUCUUGAACAAUUGGUUAGGAGAGCAUAUAGUGUAGAGCAGCUUCAUCACAAAGUUGUGUUGACUAAAAGAGAGUUAGAAGAUGUACGUUGGUGGUUUUACCUCCUCAAUACAUGGAAUGGUAGGAGCUUGCUUAAUGAUUUGACCCACAACAAACAUAUAGUCCAGUUGCAUUCUUAGGACUUUUAUUCAUUUUUAAAAAAUGUUAACUGUAACUUUUUUAAACAUUAAAAAACUGUUUUUUUUUCAUUUGCACCACAAGCCACUACUGUAUCCUCAAAAAAUUAUUUUUUAUGCAUGUUGAAAUCAAGAAGUGAAAAUUAUGAAGUAAUACAAUACAAUGUUGUGGGAAAGCAUCUGUAAUCUGUGUAUUUGUUUUCUUUAAAAAUUCUCCUCCUAAGAAGUCAUAUUUUUAACAAAUUCUUUGUUGUGUGAUAAAUCUAAAGUGGAAAAUUAUGGUAAAAUUAGUAAGGUUAGUAGAGUAUUUUUUUAUAAGCAAGUGAAAUUUGUAAUCAAGGCUGAAAUAUGCUUAUGUGAAAACACAGUCAGAAUUAGACUAUGCUAACGUUCAGAAAUUGUAUUGGUGUUUAAUAAAGCUUUUCAAGACUGCAUUUAAAAAAAUACCCAUGACAUCAUACAACAGAAGGAUUCACUGAGUAAUAUGCUUAGCACAUGCAUAAAAACUUUCCCCAUCUGAGCCAGAAUAUGCUUAUGACUGUUAUGCUUAUAGAAACUUGUAAAACUCAAAGGCUAAUUAAAACAUUUCUGAGGAUAAAAACAAUGUUGGUUUCAACACGAUUGGAUGUCAACCCUAAUGAUUACAAUUUGAAUAAUUAGUAUGAACUGCAAUAAAGCAUAAAGAAAAUAUUAAUUACAAAAUAACAAUAACUGCAUAGAACGUAUGUUUUUAUUUGAAGUGGGAAUAUCACACAUAAUGA